AUGAGUACGCUUGCCGCGAGUCUGUUUGCCCCCCGUGACGGCUACAAGCCGGAGAGCGUUGCGAUCGAGCUCCCUGCGUCGAGUGGCACGCCUGCUACUCUCAGCUACACGCAGCUCAAGGCGGCCGUCGAGCAUGUGCAGCAGCAGCUCGCGUCGCUCGACCUGCCGGCCGGCACGACGGUCAGCAGCAGCCUGAUUAACAAUGCCGAGUUUGUCGCCGUCUUCCUUGCGACCGCGGAGCAGGGCCUUGUCGCCGCGCCGCUGAACCCCAACUACAAAGAGUCCGAGGUGCACUUUUACCUGGAGGACACCAAGUCGCAGCUGCUCAUUGUGCCGAGCGGCACGCUGGCAGACGCCUCCAACGCGUCGGAAGGCGCGCUCGCGGCCGUCGCGGCGGCCAAGUCGCUCAAUGUGCGUGUCGUCGAGGUCGCGCUCGACGCUGCCAACGCGGCCAUCACGCUGCAGGAUGCGAGCGGCCCGCUGCCGACCGGCACGCCGCGCACCGCCUCGCCGGAGGACACGGCGCUGGUCCUGCACACCUCUGGCACGACCGGCCGUCCGAAGGCGGUGCCGCUGACGCACACGAACCUCGUUACGACGAUGCACAACAUCCAAAAGACGUACGCGCUGACGUCCGACGACAAGACCUUUUUGGUCAUGCCGCUAUUCCACGUGCACGGCCUGCUGUGCGGCCUCUUGGCGACGCUCUUGUCGGGCGGUGCGGUGGUGAUCCCCCCUCGCUUUAGCGCCAAGUCCUUCUGGGAGGAGCUCGUGGCGUCCAAGGCAAACUGGUACACGGCCGUCCCGACGAUCCACCAGAUCGUGCUCGGCCUGCCGCGCCCUGAGCCGAUGCCGAAGCUGCGCUUUGUGCGCUCGUGCUCCUCGUCGCUCUCUCCCUCGACGUUUGCCGCGCUCGAGGAGGCGCUCCAGGUGCCUGUGCUCGAGGCGUACGCCAUGACCGAGGCCGCGCACCAGAUGUCGUCGAACCCCCUUCCCCCUGCGAAGCGCAAGCCCGGCACUGUGGGCAUCGGCCACGGGGUCGAGGUCAAGAUCCUCAACGACAAGGGCGAGGAGCAGCCUGCCGGCGUGGACGGCGAGGUGUGUGUGCGUGGCCCCAACGUCACGCACGGCUACGUGAACAACGACAAGGCGAACCGCGAGAGCUUCUUCCGUGCUUCGUUCGGCCACCCCGCCGAGGUCGACGGAUUCCUGCGCACCGGCGACCAGGGCCGCAAGGACGAGGACGGGUACCUGGUGCUCACCGGCCGCAUCAAGGAGCUCAUCAACCGUGGCGGCGAGAAGAUCUCGCCCCUGGAAGUCGAUAGCGCGCUCCUCGCGAUCAACGGCGUGAAGGAGGCCGUGUCGUUUGCGAUGCCGGACGAGAUGUACGGCGAGAUUGUCGGCGCGGCCGUCGUCCUCGACGACGGCGCGAAACUCGACCAGGCCGCGAUCCAGAACGAGCUCUCAGAGAAGCUGAUCAAGUUCAAGAUCCCGCAAAAGAUCUGGAUCGCCGACAGCAUCCCCAAGACGGCCACCGGCAAGAUCCAGCGCCGCAACGUGGCCGCCGCCUUCCUCUCCGCGUAG